AUGUGUUUGAGAAUGAAAACUUAUUUGACUAUCACAAAACUCGAACAUAGAAAAACAUCGACGAUCGCUUUUGCUUGUUGUUCUGUACGCACAGCUGGUUAUGAAGCGAUGAGAAGUGGAAAAGUUCUUCUAUUUUAUGUUAAUCGCGAUGGACUACCUCUGUCAGAUCGAUGCAGUGAACGCAUGUGGACAUUUUGUAUGGAGCAGUAUCCUAAACAUACAACUGAAAUCAAAGCACUUCGUGAUCAAAAAUUGAAUUACCCGAAAGUAACAUACAUUGAACCACCUUACCAUUUAGCAACAAACAAUCGCUUGAAUGUUGCCGAAAAACUACGUCAAAUUCAAACAUAUAUUCAACGCCUAGAAUAUAACUACACAGGCAUGCAGUUCUUCGAAAUUAAUACGAAUCGGCCGAUAUCUGGUCUAAUGGAUGCUGCUCGACAUAUGAUGACGGAAGCGCUACCAAUAAAAUGCCUCGAAGCAUUUUUAAUCGCUGUUUAUUUAACAACUGGUAUGAUAGGUGUCGACCGAUUCAAUAUUUCAUUUAAAACGCGCUUCAAUUCAAUUACUUAUCGACAUGUUGUUCUCGGAAUAAGAUACAAUCAAAUUUACGGUGCAUUAGGCUUAAGUCGUCGUAGUGAUCUUGCGUACAGACCAUUGAAUACUAAAUACGAUCGUUUAUCGACACUAAUCAAUGAUUAUAUCCAAGCUUACAAGAACUACGGUCAUACAGUCCUGCGUAUCAAAAUUGGUUCACCUAUUUUACAUGACUUGAAAUCAUUCUUGACGAUUAAUUGGAAAGCUGCGGUGAUUCUGCCCAAUAAAACAGACAAAGAUGAUUAUGAACGCGAACUAGACAAAGUUUCUCGUGUGUGGAGACAUAUGAAUCUGUACAUGACAUAUCGAGGACAUGUACCACACGCAUCCGUGAUGCAACCGCCUAGUACACUCGUAACUACAACAUCGUUGCCGAGUCGUCCGCAACCGACGUCAGACCGAUCCAAUUGUCAUCAAUUAUCAGUUACGAAAACACCAAUGUCAGUCAGUGACACUUCAACUGCUGCUCAAAAUUAUGCAAUUCGAGUUUAG